UCCUCCUCCUCCUGCUGUACCCAAUGAGCAGUGCAUUGCAUCUGCUUUAAUCCCCCGGAGCCGAGCCAUUGCCACUGCCACUGCCAGUGUCACUGCGUGCUCAAUAAUAAACGUACCUCCUCCACGUGCCCGGACGCGCCGUGCCACGCUCCCCGUCGCGCGCGCGCACCGCUCUUGGCUCACGACUCCACGCCACCUUGGAGGUCGCGCUCAUCUCUUCUCCCCGGCCGGCGAACACCGACUUGGCGGGCAAUGCCGCCGCGGCCGAGGGCGUAGGGCGCGCUGCCGCGGAGGGAUGGGGUGCCGGAGCUCGCGGCUGGACGCGGCGGACGUGUCCCCGGUGGCCGCGCUCUGCCGGGAGCGGCGCGACCUGAUUUGCGCGGCGGGGGACCGCCGCGCCGCGCUCGCGGCCGCGCACGCCGCCUACUUCCGCGCGCUCCCGCGCGUCGCCGACGCGCUCGCGCGGUUCGCGCACGAGCACCACGCCGCCUCGCCGCCCGGCUCGCCCGUGCUCACGCUGCCCCCCUCCGAGCCGGACGAGCCCGGCGCCAAGAAGCGGAGCGCCUCCAGCUCCACGCCCCACACCGACUCCGGCCACUCCCACCUCCACUUCCACUCCGACUCCUCCGACUCCGAUCCCGACGACUACGCCUGCGACGACGAGCCAGGGCACGGCCCCGGCCGCGCCGAGAUCCCGCCGCCGGCUCAGCACCGCCAAAUCCCGGAGCCCAGACCCAGCAGGCUCGAAAUGCCGUGGGACGGCAGGCCCGAAAUGCCGUGGGAGGCGAGGCAGGAGAUGCCGUGGGGGCACGGCCCCUCCUACUCCUCCUACCCUUCGUCCUUCCCCAACGUCGCAGUCCCCAGCUACCACUACAUGAGGGCCAGCUCCGCGCAGCCCAACACGGUGUACCAAGAACCCUACGGCUACAGCAACUUCGCCACCCCCAGCAUGCCGCCGUCCUACUCGGGGUACGACUACGGGUACACCAACCCGAUGUACGGCGUCCCGGCGCCUCCGGAGUCUCCGGCUCCGGCGCCGCCGCCGCCGAUGCCGGCGGCGGAGGUCUCGCCAUGGGAUUUCUUCAACCCGUUCGACUCCUACAGCCAGGACAUCCCGCACUACAACAACGGAGUAGCUCCCAACGGGUCCUUCUCCAGCAGCCCCAACUCCAGCGAGGUCAGGGAGAGGGAAGGGAUCCCGGACCUGGAGGAGGAGACGGAGCACGAGUCCAUGAGGAUGGAGUCGCUCAAGGCCAGGAAGGCCGUGGAGAGCACCGCGUCCAACCGGAUCGACAAUGUGGAUGUCGCUGCCAAGGUGAAGGUGUCCAUGGAGCACAAGGAGUGCGAGAUCGAGAGCGUGGCCACUUCUUCGGUUCUUGGCUCAGGGGACGAGAGCGUGUGUAGCUGUGACUGUGACAAUCCUAAUGCCAAUGCCAAUGCCAAUGCUGGGAAAGGAGGGGCGACGCCGGUUGGCGAUGAUCCAGGGAAGGUGAAGAGGGUAAGCUCUGAUGAGCACUCUUCCAUGGUAAUCGGUGAGGAUGUGGCGCAGCCAAGCUUUGGGACAAGAGAUGUUGCAGAGGUUGUGGAGGAGAUCAAGGAACAGUUCAACUCGGUGGUCGCCUGCGGAGAGGAUGUGGCUAGGAUCCUCGAGGUUGGGAGUAUUCGGUAUAGACCGCGGAACAGAGUCUUGAAAUUGAUAUUUACACGGAUGAUGGGGACAAUUGACUUGUUGUUUUCUUCCAUGUCUGAGCCGCCACUGAAAAAUGGGGAGCAAUCAGCAAUUAGUGCAUCUCAAAGAGUUCAAAAUUCGAGUAACAGAAUCAAUAGGGCCAGCAAUGUUGAGAUUAACACCCUUUCUUCAAUAAUGGAUAGGUUGUAUGUGUGGGAGAAAAGACUUCAUAAGGAGAUUGUGGAGGAAGAAAGGUUGAGGAUUACAUAUGACAGAGAAUGGAAGCGCCUAAAAGACUUGGAUAACAGUGGUGCAGAGCCAUAUAAAAUUGAUGCCACACGGGCCUCAAUCAGGACAUUGCUCACAAGAAUCAAUAUUUCCAUUAGAUCAGUUAAAGUUAUUUCCAGGAGGAUUCACAUACUACGCGAUGACGAACUACAUCCGUACCUCGUUAAGCUUAUUCAAGGGCAUGUCACAAUGUGGAAAUUCAUUCUCGAGUGCCACAAGAAGCAAUUCCAUGCCAUACUUGAAACUAAAUCUCAUAUUCUCAUCCCUAAGAGUGGUCCUGAAACAAACUCCUCCAAGGUUACACUGGAACUGGAAAUGGAGCUUUUGAACUGGUGUUCCUGUUUCAGAAAUUGGAUCAUAUCCCAAAAGGCUUAUAUCGAAACCCUAAAUGGCUGGUUAGUCAAAUGGCUUCCUGAGGAAAAAGAGGAAACGUCAGAUGGCAUCGCACCGUUCUCUCCUGGUAGACUUGGAGCUCCUGGUGUGUUCAUCACAGCUAAUGAUUGGUGUCAAACCAUGAAAAGGAUACCAGAGGACGCUGUUGUAGAUGCAAUGGAUGCUUUCGCUGGUAAUGUACACAUAUUAUGGGAGCGACAAGACGAAGCGCAGCAGCAGAAAAUGAAAUCUGAGUAUUUAUCUAGAGAUUUCGCGAAGAGGCUCAAAUCUCACCAAAAGCGUCAGGGCUUGCCUGAACAUCCUGAAGUUGGAAAAGUAGUGGUACCCAAUGCUGGCAAUGACAGAGCAGUUGAUAGCCGUAUGGUAGCUUUGGAUGCAUUGCAUACGAGAUUGGAUGAGCAAAGAGCUAGGCAUGAGGAAACAGUGAAACAAAUCCAAGAGUCAAGUGCAACUGAUCUGAAAUCAGGUCUGGCUCCAAUAUUUGAAGCCCUGGAAUCAUUUACUGCGGUAACUCUGAAAGGUUAUGAGAAUGUAAGGAUCCCAACAGACAGUGGCAGAGUUUGACACGAAGGUCUGAACGAGCGCCGAGGUAGAAUUUCGUCAUAGCUAUUGCUGCUUCUACCCCAAUGGUCUGCCAGGAGCCUAGGAGUGAGUCCAGUUGGAGCACCUCAAAGGAGGGCUGGCAAUUUUGUAGCCGACUAGCCAUUUUAGCUUGUGUACAUAUUAGUUAAGUUAGUGAUUUUGCAGAGUAGCUUAUUGUUUCUGUAGAAUUCGACCUGUAAAUUGUAACAGCUGUAUUUAUGCGCUGUUGUCCAUUAAAAAUUAUGCACCGGAUGCAGAUAUCGUCA